AUGCCGUUGGAUAAUAGUCCUCCGGCAUGUUCCAGUUCACAGUCGCAGGAUGGGAGCAGUGGUGCCGGUGAUGAUGAACGAGCACCGAUAUCUAACUAUCCAAUCAUACCGCGGGAGGAUCUUACUCUUGGAGCAGCACUUGGUGCUGGUGCAUAUGGUUCUGUUUAUCGUGGCACCUGGAGAACCGGUGGUAAAGAAGUUCAGGUGGCAAUCAAGAAGGUCUUUAUGCUUGAGAAAGAGGCCGAUAUUCUCUCGAAGGUUAGGCACCGAAAUAUAAUACAGUUUUUUGGCGUAUCACAUACCAAUCCGGACUUUUUUAUCGUCACAGAGUUUGCUGAAAACGGUUCGUUGUAUGAUUAUGUGCAUAAAUCAUACUCAAGUGAGAUUGAAUUUGACCAAGUCCUUACGUGGGCAAUUCAGAUCGCUCAAGGCGUAGGCUAUUUGCAUUAUGAAGCUCCAGAUACAAUUAUUCAUCGUGACCUUAAAUCGAAGAAUGUGGUAUUGAGCGGUGAUCUUGUUUGCAAACUUUGCGAUUUUGGAACUUCAAAGAAUUUGACUCAUUCUUGGACUGCCCCGUCUUGGGGCGGCACUGCAGCUUGGAUGAGUCCUGAAAUAAUUAGUCAAAAAGAAGGUAUUACGACGGCGACAGAUGUGUGGAGCUACGGGGUUGUAUUAUGGGAAAUGAUCGCAAGAGAGAUUCCUUAUAAAGGCCUUACCGAAUUCUCUAUCUACUCCAUGAUUGCCCAGCAAGGAGUGACCCUAGUAUUACCGGAGGAAUGCCCGCAAACUCUCAAUUGUUGGAAAAUUGAUCCUAAGGAUCGGUACGACAUGAAGCAAGUAUUGGCUGCAUUAGAUUUCAUGAAGGAGAACAGCGAAGUUACGGAACAAUGUGGUGUCUUUCUAAGACAUAAGGCGGGCUGGAAAUGCGAAAUAGAAAAGCAGCUAAAGCAGUUGGAAGAUAAGAAAAUCGACUAUGCAAAGAAAAUGGAGGAGUUAACUAAGUGGGAGCGAGCUUUAAAACGUCGGGAGGAAAGCCAGCGUGAAUUACUGGAAGCAGAUCCACUGGUUUUAGAUGGUGAUGUGACUUUAUGGGACGAAAGUCAUGUAUGCCACUGGAUGAGAAAAAUUGCUGUCGCAUUACUAUUCUAUGAUUUUGCCAAUGAAAUGCUGGAUCGUCUGGUUGCUUUGAUCAUUCAUCACAACAUCAGUGGCAGAAGAUUGCUUGAUAUUACGCCGAGAGAUCUUGAAUAUCUUGGAGUUUGUAAUAUUGGUCUCCGAGUUAAAUUAUAUAGGUUUCUACUUCAACUUAAUCAUUCUCGAAAUGAAAAAACAUCGCAGACAUUGUGCUUCUCACUAGUUGUUCAUGUUACUAUGUAUACAAGACAGUCAGGAUACGAUUUCUUACCGAAAUUUCGUUAUAAAAUAGUCGUUGAUACAGAUUGGGAAGACACAUAUUUAGUAAGUAUUAAAACCAGUAACUUUAUUUUAUAA